AUGUCUACCGGAAGUACAACUUACAACUCGGAUUUGGGUACGUACGAUUUGUUCAAACAAUUAGAACAAGAAUUCGACCAUUACGUAUCAAGCAGCAAUUGGCGAAAUGAAUUACAUUGCCAAAGUUUUGAAAUAACUCCGGAAUUUGUACUAAAAGUAAUAUAUCCGAAAAUGAAACAAGAAGCUGAAACGUUAGCUGAAAAAAUAGCUACAACUGUAGCAAAUCGAACAGAACGAUGGGGGCCAGCUACAUCUACAACGCUCGCUCAUCGAAUUAUUGAAAUUUUGUUUAGUAAUGGCAUUCGUCGUGGUUCAAUUCCGUCGGAAGACAAAUUUCUGCAAAGACGUGAAAUGCUAAUAAGAAAUGCUUUAACAAGCAGUGACGGUUUAAGAUUUUCUAUUCUUAUGUUGCCAAAUCGUGAUCGAAAUAAGGCUAAAAAUGAUGGUUAUUUACCGGACUUAGGAGAAGUUAUUUCCCUCUUACAGCUAUGGUCCAUCGUCAAGGCAAUGCUAAUAGCAACAGAACAGUUUGCUCUAAUUUUAAUUAAAAUAUUUAAAAAAGUCGAUGCAUCAGUGAAAACAAUUGCUGAUGUACAAAAAAGUAUUGAAACAAUUUUAACAACAGAAAAGACAAGUAUCAUUGAUUCACAACAACGACAAGACAAUCAUUUUCGACUCGAUAUAUUACGAGAAGAAUUAAAUAAUGGUUAUAAUGUGGCAAAUGUUGAAAAGGCUGAACUAUUACUACGUGAAUUGGCUCACCGUAAUUGCACGGUUGCAUGGUUUCUACAAUCAAUUACAGAAGUCAUUCAAGUUCAGACAAAAUCAAUUCGUCUCUUUGUCGUACAAGAUGCUCGUCGAUAUGCCUGCUAUGAUACCGAUUUGAAUGAACAUAUUCAGGCAUAUUCAAGAUGUUUAAAUCAAAUAGUAGUACAAUUGGGUAUCAGUGAAAACAUUAUAUUAACGUCACAUGAACAGUUGGAGCAAGAAUAUGCACAUCGCCAAGAUUUAGAGAUGUUUAUUAAACAACGAGCUGAAGUGUAUUCAGAUAAAUUUGAAAAAUUUUCACAACCAUUUUUUCAAGCAAAAUCAGAUUUAAUGUUUUGUACAACACGGGAAAAUUUUCUCGCUUUAGUUGAUAAACUGUCGUUGAACAGUAACAUAUCUCAACUGAUCGAGCCAAUAUUACAUAGUCGUUAUCAUCCUGAAUUAGCUGAUGCUCAACUCUCAUCAAGUGAUGAAUUGAAAAUCUUAGCUCAAAUCUAUCAACCUCAAGUUGGUGAUACCAAUCGUGAAUUAUUAAGACAACAUCUGUUAUUUUCAUGCUUAAUCAAUGCAACUAGAUACAUAUGUUCAUAUGAAUCACAAACAUCCGCAAAAAAUGACUACCAAUUGGAUGAUAUACAAUUUUUACUACCGGGUACAGUUCGACUAAGUAUCCAUAAUAAGCCAUCGAAUUGUGAACAGUUUUUAAUCAAAUGUGGUCCAAAUUUGCAUCGACAACCAUGGCAUGGUACAGCCGGCUUAAGAUUAAGGAAAAAUAAAGGACAACGCUCAAUGUCAUUUGAAAUUCGACUCAGUUUCGAAUAUAAAGUCGAUAAAUAUAUUCCAAUAUUUAUUAAAAAAGAUUCCGCAACGAGUAACCGUCAUCAUGAUCAUUUGGCAACAUUAGCACGCAUCGAUCAGCCGAUUCUUUGGAUUCAUUCAAAUUUAGCUCAACUAUAUGUUAGCGACGACAAUGAUCUAAGCAGAAUCUUUGACAAAGCAAAUAAAAUUCGGUUGAUUUAA